AUGUGUGGAAGGCAGCAGGACCAGUCCCUCCUUAAUGUCUUGGUGGAAGUGGAGGAUGAGGGUGAGAAAGUGUUUAGGAUGCCAGCCUUAACUCAGGAAGCUACAUGCUGGAUGCAACUGACAGUUUUUAAGGAUGCAAUUGACAUUGGGCCACGGGCUGAGGCGCUGGUGUUGGGACGUGGGGCCCGAGCCUCCGCUGGGCUCCCCUUGGGUGCCGAGAUGCCUAAGAAGGCUGGUGUGAUGAACAAGGGGAAGAGCCAGGAGCCAGAGAGACCACCUCCUUCCUUAGGUCCUGUGACGGUGGAUCCCAGAGGUAGUGUCACCAUAGCCAUCCGCACCAAGUCAGGGUCCAAACAAAAUGCUGUGACAGACGUGACAAUGGAAGCCAUGAGCGUGGCCAUCGCAGCUCCCCCAUCAGAAGGAGAGGCUAAUGCCAAACUCUGUCAGUACCUUCCCAAGGUGCUCAGGAAGCUCAGGAAGAGUGAUGUAAUUUUGGAUAAGGGCGGUAAAUCUCAUGAAAACGUGGUGAGGCUAUUAGCAUCCACAACUGCUGAAGAGAUCUUGGAGAAAUUAAAGCAACAAGUUGAGAAGAAAUAA